UGGAGUUGAUUUGCCAGCUGGACGCUGCUAAUGCCUAAAGUGCCUUCCCUUCAUUUCCUUACAUAAAAUUUAACUUCGUAGUGUAUUAGAUUUUCAGUUUGUCAUAUGCACAAUGUCUUCAGGAGGUUGGGAAGUAGUUACGAAAAAUAAAAAAGAUAAAAAUGGUGCAAAAAAUACUAAACUUACAAAAACUGAAAAGAAAAAGAUUAUCGAAAACUCUCCAAAGGUUGAAGAUUUUCUUCCAUUGAGUCAAGUCAAAACAUUGUACGACAAUUUCAAUGGAAGUAAAGAGAACAAGACACCGAAAGAUAAAGAAAAUAAAACUAAAGAAAAUGAAGAGAAGAAAAAACAGCAAAAAAUGAAUCAACAAAAUAAAAAAAAGGAAAACUCAAAACCUAAGGAAAAAGUGGCUAAAACUGCAGAUAAAUUUCAGGUUACUGUUGAUCAAGUCAAUGAGCUGUUAGAAACUAAUCGAACUCGGUUUCCUGAUGCACCAUUAAUUUGGUUAAAAGAUCUAGUUUCAUUUUUGAACUCGAAUAUUUCAACAGACAAAAAAGACAUAGCUUUAUCAGAAACAUAUCUACAUUUAAUUCCAGCAGCAGUCCGUGUGAUAUUUGAAAAAAUUAUCAAAUCAGCUGGACAACAAAAUAUACAAAUUUUCUAUGAAGGAACUCUUUUACUAAUGGCUAAAAAUAUGGCUUUUGGAUUGUCAAGUGUAGGAUGUAGAAUUUUUUUACAACUUCUUGCUCAAAUGUAUCCAGAAAUGACAUGUAUGAAUAUAGACAAACACAUAAUUCUCCGUAAUUCGUACCAGAAUAAAAAAAACAUUGGCUUAGCAAUACUUUGGGCUCUUUCACAGAGUGGAAAAAAAAAUUUAGCUGUUGGUUUAACGUUAUGGCAUGAAGUCAUGGCACCCAUGCUCGAAUCUAGAAAUUAUUCUCAUUAUGUUAUGAAAAUAUUAGAAGAACUUUUAAAUUCUCAUGUGUAUAAUAAUGUAAAUAAUUGCACUACGGAAAUGUAUAUCCAAAUUGUUGAUGAUCUUGUUUCUGGAAAAAUUGCCAUUAGUAAUGGUACUGCAAUAGGAGAACUGCGAAGAUGUCAAAAGAUGUUAAGAGAAACAGCUAUGAAAAGUGACAAAAUCGAUAUUCAAUCAUUUUUUGAAACUAUAUUCGAUAAAAUAUCUCCAAAAACUAAUCGAUGUAAUGAAGAAUUCCUCAAAACAUUAACAACUUGUAUAGCACAUGAUUCCAGAUGUAUUUUAUCGUGGGAAAAAUUAUAUCCAAAGAGACUUUUUCAAUCUGAACUACUCAUCGAACAGCUCACUAAGGACUGGGAUUCAAUCAGUUCAGAAAUAGAUGCAAAAUCACUCAGAGAAUUACUGACCGUCUUCCAAGUAACAAAAACAAAAUCGAAAAAAAGCAAAGAAGAUUCUUUAAUGAUAGCUUGUCACAAGAAGGCUGAGGCUUUAUUUAACAAAAUGUCUGCGACGUCGAAAAAAGGUAAAUCUUUCCCUUGGAGGAAGGGCUCGAUUCUUCUUUUAAUCCUGAUUGGAGCUGUGGUGGCAUUUGAUUGCAGAAAUCAUGGCUCAUUUGAAGCUUCUACUACUGGUAGAUUUAUAAGAACCAGUGGGGUUGUCAAUUACGGACAAAAAGCUUGGUCUACAACAAAACUUUAUUCUAACCAAGGCUUAGCAUAUUUGGAAACUAACUAUCCUGAUUAUUACAAAUCUGCAUCAAAAUUUGGUCGACAGUAUACUAAGCUGGCUGGAGACUUCUACCUUGUUGGCAGAAAUGCAGUAGGACGAUUAUAUAAUAAUACUAUGCAAUUUGUUGAAGAAAAAAAACCCGUUGUAACUGAAAGCAUUGAAUACUAUUUUCCUGGCUGGCUAAAUACAUUCCAAACAACAGCAAUAAAACAAUUCGAAGUAGUAAAAAAAUAUUCAGCUCUAACGACUGAGUAUAUUGUGCAACAAUCAUCCAAUCUAGUGAGGUGGUUACAAACGAGUGUUUUUGUUGGGAAUUUAAGUCCUGAAAACAUCCGUGGAUUUGCAACAAAAGCUUUGAAAUCAACUCAAACAUAUGCGAGUCAAACUUAUGAUUGGGUUUACGAAAAAGUUCAAACGUUAUCAAAGGUCCAAUAAAUUUUAUGCAUUUGUGAAGCAUUAUACAAAAAAAGACGAAUAGUCUAUUGAUUAACAUAAAAAAAAAGAAACAAACAUAAAGAAAACGAUUUACUUCUAAUAUUCCAGCAUUUAUUUCAUGAGACGACCAGUAAUGGGAGGCUGCAUAAUUAAAGCGAUAAUUGUGUUAUUCUACCUGUGAUAUUUUGAAAAAUGUAUCAUAUCUUUUGGAUUUCUUCUUUUUUUUUCUUAUCCCAAAAAUCAAUUGAAUCAUGUGAAGUCUAAAUAAUUUUCGACGAUAUGAGUUUUUAAUUGAUUGAGUAUCAUCUUGGACGUUAAUAUUCACAAAGGAUAAGAGAUAAAAACAAACGAUAGAAGUAUAAUAAUAGCGAGAGACAUAUAAAAGGAGUUAAAGCUCUAAAGCAGCCUCAACUAAUUAAAUAGUAUUUUGUAUAUUCAUGGGUGUGAUUUUUUGUUUAUCGAAAGCUAGAAAGUGUUUGUGUGCGAAAAAUUAAACAUAAAAUUGUUUCAUAGUAUAAUUUGUUUUUAGAAGACAAUUAUAUUAUAAUAAAUAAUUAUAUAAUAUGGGAAAAAUAUACAAAACUGUUCAACUAAAAUGAGAAGAUGUACAAAAGAAAUAUAAUAAUGAAUUGAAGUCGAAAUGGUUAUCGCAAUAAUAAGAGAAUAAUAUUGAUAAA